ACCAUCCCCCAACUACAAGUUUUUGCAGGCAGCCAUGAAUGGUGGGAGAUGUAGUCCUAGUCCUAAAUGGAAUAAUAAGGUUUAGCUUGUGAGGUCCCUAAGCCCCAGCUCGUAUGUAACUAUAGAUGCCAUUAGACGGCAGUAGCAGGGGGCGAUGCCAUUCUGUACCCUCCACUCUGUGCCAGGGCUGCGUCUCAGCUGGCAGUUACUAUGCGCGGCGCAUGCGCGGUGAGGGCUGUUUUCAGCACCCUGGAGAGCGGCCACGGACUGCGCCCAAGGCACAACGGGAGAAGGAGAGCGGACAGUGCGGGGCUGGCGGCACCAUCCGAACCGGGGCAGGAGGACUCACCGGAUCCCGAUCCAAAUGUCAGAGUCCCCAGAGGGAGGAGGGGGUCGGGUGCUAUGGGCAGGGGGGCGGCAGUAGGGGUGGCUGCUCUGUAUUAGCGCCGUUUGCUGAGAAAACUCCUGUGCCCAUUGGCAGCGGAUACAAACUGUCAGUUUUACCCUACAUGGGACAGCACAGUCCCUAGAUAAGCCCCAUAGUCUGUGUGCAGGGGGAGGCCAGGGAACGUGUCUAUGUGCCCCCCAGGCACUGCCAGUCUUCCUCUACCCACAACUGUCUGCCAGCAGCUCACACCAAUAAGAGACCCCUCUAAGCUCAGUUCCACUGGGAUUCUGCAAGAUCAGAACAGAGAGACAUUGCAGAGCCUGGCACGUGCCCCAAGCAGGACAGAGACUGGAUAUGAUGUCACAGAGUGAGUGUCUCUCCCCUUGAGACAGAUGGGUUUCUACAUCAGCUCCCUGUCCAAGUCUCCCUGCACCAAGACCCAGGUGAGACAUUAUCAAGUGGCCCCCAGUUACAACUACAAGUGGACAGACAUUCACUAUGAGGCCAGCAGAGGGAACAUGGAGAAGCUAUGCGUUUUACUCAGCACCACAGACAAGGAGUUGGUUGACAGGAAAGAUUAUUAUGGAAAAACGCCGCUGUACUGGGCGGCAUACAAGGGCCAGCGCCUCGCCAUGGAGUUAUUGCUGCACUACGGGGCAAACGUAAACAGCUGCUGUAAGCACGGCGGGACCCCACUCCAUGCGGCCAUCGGCUUGUUUCCAGACUGUGCCCUUUUGCUUAUACAGCACGGUGCUGAUGUCAACCUGCAGGAUAACUGGGGGGUUACCCCAAUGUAUCUGGCCGCUUGCAGUGGGCAAAUGGAGUGCAUACGGCUCUUGGUGCAGGCCGGAGCUGACAUCACUUAUAAAAACAAGAAAACAGGAUUACCUCCCAAACGCCUCGCUUCCCAAGUUGGCUUCAUUGCCUGGAUUGAGUCUUGUUCACGGCAGCCCCACUCUCUGAAGCAUCUCAGUCGUCUGCGGAUCCGAGCCACCCUGGGACCCCAACGCCUCAGAGCUGCGAGGACUUUCAAUUUGCCCGAAUCCCUGAAGUGCUAUCUUAUGUUUGAGGACCUGGUACUACAGGAACCUGUCUAGCACUGGCCAAUGUAUUUACGGCUGCUUCUCUGCAGUUUAAGAUGCCUCCAGGAAUUGCUUUGUGUUGUAGCUAUGCAGAGAUGAUACAUUUCUAUAUUCAAUUAAAGGGGAGACUACGGGAGAAAGUCCCAUAGACCUGUGGGCAGAAGAACAACCAUGUAAAUUUAAAGAGGCCAGCCAGUGCCAGGGGACAUGGAUACACUAAGUGCCCUGUGGAAUAAUGAAUUGUUCAUAGUUGGAUUUAUCAUGGAAGACGAUCUUCCAAGCACACAAGUCACUGCAGCAUCUGCAGAACCUCUUGGGAUUCUUCAGCCAACUACAUUGUCAGCUACAGUACAAAGUCAUUGCCUUUUUGUUCAAUGAUGUUGACUAUAACAUGAACCUUAAUGAAUGGAUUUCCCAGCACUUACUUAUUUAAUUAUGUAAUAAUUGGUUUGUACCAGGUGAGAAUAAUGAAUGACAGUAAAGGCUGUUCAAUGGUGUGUCUAUAGAGGUAAUGGGUCACAUGACUGUACUCACUCCACCCCCCUGUGUGGACCAUGAUCCCCUGAAGUAGUAGGACCCAAAUAUAUAAAUUGCUGGGGGUUCCAUGGUCGUAUGGAAGGAAUUCAUUUUGUUUGGACCAUCAUGCUCAUCAUCACACUGAAUAUUUCUUAUGGAAAACACAUUAGGGGGCUGUAAUAUAGUGCUAGGGGGAGCACAUUAUUCAUUGUAACUUUGAUAGACAGAAAAGUAUAAGAAUAUCCCAAUUUUCUGCCUUUAAUGCCCCUUUUUUUUUGCAUAUUUGCCAGUAGAAAGCGGAUUGCUAAAUGGUUGGUAUUGACAACCUCGCGUCAUAAAUGGGCCCUGUGGGCAGUAACAGCUGUAUUCCUUGUCUCUGGCAUUCUCCAUUGACUGCAGGCAAAUCACAGGGUCCAUAGUGGUUGUUAUUAGAGCAUUUACUAAGCAGAAUGCUACAGCUGCAUAAGCAGUAUGGCCGCUCCCAUGCACAUAUGCAGAGAAGGAAGCCUCUGUUCAUGCUGUAUACUGUGCCUCUCAACUGUGCCGACGGAAAGUAGGGAAGUGACCCCCCCCUCCCCAUUGUAGAUUUUGCCAUUAGCAUACCUCCCAACUGUCCCGUUUUCAGCAUGACAGUCCCGCUUUCAACAGAUCAACCCGCAGACCCACGUUUGUACUGGAAAGUCCCGAUUUUCUCUGCACUGAGCAGCUAAAAAAAGAAACAAUGUUUCUAACUUAAUUGGCUUUUGGCAGAGAGCCUGGAACAGCCGGGAGAUUUAGAUAAAAUAAUUCUGUAACAAUUUUGAAAAGAGCAAAUAAGUAAUUGUAACAAUAUUACAUAUUACAGAUCCCUUGGGAGAAGUUAGAC